AUGAGUCGCAACGCAGAGGCCGUAAGCGAGGCCCCACAGCAGCUUGGGGUCUACGCUCACCAGGGAACUGGAUUCAUGUCGUCCCUGACUGGCGCACAGCACCACUCCAACAUGGGUAACUACUCUCCGUCUUUGGAACUGCUGCAAGGCAUACAAGUACCCCUGGGCUCCGGGCCUGGACAAGGGCAGGCGCAGCAGCAAAGCGCGGGCCCUACAGGAGGCAUAUCUUUCAGCCCUCUCGGUGCAGGCCUGAGGUCUAGCGGGCCGUUCAGCACAGGCGGGCCUAACAUCGGUAGCCGCGGUGUGGAUGCGAAGAAGACCGAGCCAACAACAACAACCACAGCAACAACAACAGAAGAACGCCAGCUUUGUACUUUUUUUAUCCGCACGGGGACGUGCGCCUAUGGAGAUCGUUGCAAGUUCAAGCACCCGUUGGACCGCCCUCCGCCUCAGUUAAAUACGCGAGGUUACCCGAUACGGGCCGAUGAGCCGGACUGCGCGCACUACCUGAAGAAGGGCUGGUGUGCCUUUGGUCCGACGUGCAAAUUCAAUCACCCUGAGAUGCAGCCUUCCAUUUUGAACUCUUACGGGCUGAGCCAGCCGCCUACGGCGUAUGUGAGCCUGCCCACAACGACGUUCCCAAGCCCUGCGGUCUACUCCGUUCCCCCGGCCGUUCCGACACUUUACUACCUGCCUCCUGGCAUGGGCCCUAAUCAACUGGCCGGCAGUACAGCCAGCCAGCUUGCUUUCACCCAGCAAAGCGCCUUAACGGCAGCGGUUCCAGGGCAGAUGUACCGUCAGCCAGCGCCUGCAGCUCCUUACGGCGGUCUGGGCGGUGCCAUUAACGGCGGCGUCGGUGGUGCCAUGGGCAAUCAAGUAUCUGUGCUGCAGGAGGCCUUCCAGGGUCUUACGCUGGGCCGCGCUGGCGGCUUGGGCCCGCGCAAGUAG